CCGCUGCUGAUCCCAGUGGUUCUUGGGAAAUGGAGUCCAAGCUACCUUGAAACUUAACGGCCCAGGUUAUCCUUGAGACUCCAUUCCCCAGCAAGGUCUGCGCGUUGCGUGCGCUAUGGAGCUGCAAGUCGCAGAACUGAAGCAGAAGAUCGAAGACACAUUGUGCCCUUUUGGCUUCGAGGUUUACCCCUUCCAGGUGGCAUGGUAUAAUGCACUCCUGCCUCCAGCCUUCCACCUACCCCUGCCAGGACCUACCCUGGCCUUCCUGGUACUCAGCACACCUGCCAUGUUUGACCGGGCCCUCAAACCCUUCCUGCAGAGUUGCCAUCUCCGACCACUGACUGACCCUGUGGACCAGUGUGUAGCCUACCACUUGGGCCGUGUUAGAAAGAACCUCCCAGAGUUGCAAAUGGAAGUCAUCGCUGACUACGAGGUACACCCCAAUCGGCGCCCCAAGAUUCUGGCCCAGACUGCAGCCCAUGUGGCAGGGGCUGCUUACUACUACCAACGGAAGGAUGUGGAGGCUGACCCCUGGGGGACCCAGCACAUAUCAGGUGUGUGCAUACAUCCCCGAUACGGAGGCUGGUUUGCCAUCCGAGGAGUAAUGCUGCUGCCAGGAAUAGAGGUGCCAGAUCUGCCACCCACAAAGCCCCUGGACUGUGUACCUACAAGAGCUGCCCGAAUCACCCUGCUUGAAGGCUUUAAUUUCCACUGGCGUGACUGGACAUACCGGGAUGCUGUAACACCACAGGAGCGUUACUCAGAAGAACAGAAGGCUUACUUUUCUACUCCACCUGCCCAACGCUUAGCUUUGUUGGGCUUGGCCCAGCCCUCAGAAGAUCCUAGCUCUGCAUCACCUGAGCUUCCUUUUACCACACUCCCACCCAAGAAGCCCCAGAAUCCCAGCAGAGCCCGAGGCUGGCUCAGCCCCAGUAUCUCACCACCUGCAUCCCCUGGCCCUUGAUAUCCUCCCUCCUCUGAGAUCCCUAUUUAUAAGUGGUACUUGGCUCUAGAACUCCUUUGGCUUUGGCAAGGCCAGAUAUUUUGGGCACAAUAUUUUUGUUUAAACAGGCUUCAUGCCCAGUGUGGAGCCCAACAUUGGGCUAGAACUCACGAUCCUGAGAUCAAGACAUGAGCUGAGAUCUAGAGUUGGAUGCUUAACCAAAGGAGCCACCCCAGGUGCCUGGGUACAAUAUUUUUGAUACAAGGAUUGUAAUAGAGCUCUUCAGUGAAGAUAACAAAGCUCAGAAAAAUUUAGUCAAAAGAAGUGAAAGACAAGACAGAUCCAGAAUUCCCACCUUAAAAUACAGGAUUAUUCCUUUCCAUUUCUCUCCAGUGCUCCAAGAUCCUACUUGUUACAGAGCCUAAAAGGCAAUCAUCUCCUACCUAACGGCACCUGCCUCACAGGCUUGUUGUGGGGAAUAAACACAUGCAAAGCAUUUUUGAAA